AUGGAUCAGUUUAAGAACGGGGAGUACUACUGGGAUAGCCACUCAAAAUAUGAUUUUUCCGAUAAUGAAAAUACAAGUAACCUUAUUCAAAGUGCACAGCUGACGACUCCUUCAGCACCAUUGAAGUCGCCGAAGACUGACGCCCAAAGAUUACGCCAGCGCAAUGAGCGUGUAGCGGCACUCCUAGUUCGUCUGAAGAUAAAAAUGCCUGAAAAAUUACACAAGCCACUGUUCAAUGCUGAAGAGCAAAAUACUACCCAAAAUGUGCCUUGUGUUCACAAAGAGCCACCUCUACCUCAGGAAUGGUGUGCCCAAGUCCGCGAGGCCGUAUUUCACUCCCUUGCUGAUAAUAUGACCUCUGCUUCAGACAAUAAAUUUAUUCACCAGGCGAGCACUCAUAGACAAACUGAUGUCCAUGUUUUCUCAAAGCGAGUGCCUGUUAUUCAACAUAAUCAGACUGAGACAAGUGCUCAAUAUGACAAUAAUAGCAAUGAUGAUCAGUCUAGUAGAGAACUCGAAAAGAGAUUAAAUUUAGCAGCCAAUGUGAAAAUUACUUUAAAGGACAAUUACACUCUGAAAGUGUGUAUCCCCUGGGAGCAUCCCAACUUUUUCAGAGUCGACGAGCUUAUAUAA